GCAAAAAUAUUGGUAGAGGCCCCAAUCCUAUCCGCUCGUUUCAUGUUAAGUUGUACAAGAAAGAAAACACACAAAUCUGCUACGGAGGGUCGCUAUUAUUGAAAUAAAUAAUUUUUUUUUUUCAAAUUACCGGUAGAAGAUCAUGAAUUUUGCUAUGCUUUUGAAUUUAUGAUGAUUUGCUUGAAAUAUCUCGUUCAGCUAAGAAAUUCGUACUCAAGCAAUAAGAAUUUCCGCAAGAUCUGGUCUUUCGUUAACAUAACUGGUCAAAUCUGUAGAUAUUUUAGCAGAAACAAAUCUAGAUCUGCUUCGAGGCCUGCUUCUAAAUUUGCUCUCGUAGGUGUGAUACGAUAAAGUAUUUGCUCUGAAUAUAAUUCAUAGGUGUUUUAUGAAUCUGGGUACAUUCUCGUUGCUGUCAUGGUUCAUUGUGGAUAUUUGGGCAUGCGAGAAUCAAUCCUUUGAUCAAAUCGUUAUGUAACAGGGCCCAGCAUAUGCAAGGAUAUUUGUUUUAGUUAUAAUUCAUUAUUAUGACAUUUGGUACUUGUUUUUGGUCAUUUUUGGAUUGGUGGGUGUAUAAGCAGCGACCCUGUAAUCUCCUGCUGGAAAGUUGUUGUAUGAAAGGACCAAUUAUGUGCAGAGGAGAUUUGCUAUAAUUAUAGAACACUAACGCGAUUUAUUACACCAAGUACGUUUUUGGUUUUGGUGGACCGAGGGUGUCUGAGAAUCGAACCCGUGACUUCAUGUUGAUAAAUUGCUGCAUAACAGGGUUUAUUUUGUGCUUUGAUAUUUGCCUUAAUGAUAAUUCAUUAGGCUAUUUAUUACAUUGAGUACAUUGUUUCUGCUUGGUCACGGAUUCUUGGGUGUAUAAAGGGCAUUUCCUUUAAUGACACAUUUUAUGUUGUAGGCAUCUAAUGGUGCUGAGAUCAAAUCUCUAAGAAGAUGUACAGCAUGACAUAAACGGCCUCAUGAAAUAUAUCACAACAAAUUGUCUUUCAUUUAUUCAGCCACGUUACAUAACUAUUUAUCAACGUGAAGUCAUUCCACAGGAACCUCACUACAUGGGUACUAGAGUUAAUAGGCUGCCAUAUUACAAUCAGGGAGAUUUGAACCCGGGGGUGUUCUUACAAAUGCUUCAUUAUGAUUACACCACAACACGGGCAAAUUGUUAUGUGAUGUGGCCAAACAUGUGCAAGGGUAUUGUUAGAAAUAUAAUUCAUCAGAUUGAUAAUGGAGUUAAUUAGAUGAUUUAUGGCAGUGGGUGCACUUCUGGUUUUGGAGUUCAUUUGAAUUAUCAGAUUUGUUGGAAUAAACCUUGUGACCACAUAUUGGCAAGAUUGUUGGAUGCAGCAAAUUAUCUUCCAGAAGGUUUAAUUCUAUCUCAAGAGUAUUAGAUAUGAAGAUUGAUUCAUUCUGCAUGUAAAGUUUCAAAUAUGGAUAUCAGGGCUUUCUACAACACAUUUAAAGGCAACUGCGCUGUGAAAUAUUAUAAGAAUUCAACUAAAUCAGGAACAGAGGGUGCUUUGUGGGGUGAGUUUGAGUAGAAGCUGUCUAUUUCCCUUCUAUAUUGAAAUGGGAGAAUGGGUUACAGGAGCAGUGAUCAAUCUGCUUGGAAGCAUUGGUAUAAAUUUUGGGACAAACCUUUUGAAACAUGGUCAUAAUCAGAGAGAGAGAUUAGCAUUGUUGGAAACUACAGAGUUUGGGGGAAAAGCUGAGUUUAAGCCAAUCAUAUACUUCCAGUCUUGGCGAGUAGGGUUGCUUAUAUUUGCUCUAGGCAAUUGUCUCAAUUUCAUUUCCUUUGGAUAUGCAGCACAGUCACUUCUUGCAGCUCUAGGGUCUGUGCAGUUUAUUUCUAAUGUAGCAUUUGCUUAUAUUGUUCUGAAAGAGAAGGUGACAGGAAGGGUACUUCUUGCCACAGUUCUUAUUGUUUUUGGCAACAUCUUUCUUGUUGCAUUUGGCAACCAUCAAUCGCCUGUUUAUACACCAGAGCAAUUGAUGGAAAAGUAUACAAAUCAAGUAUUUCUAUUAUAUUGUUUGGGUCUUUUAUUGAUUGUUGCAGUCAGCCAUUCUAUUUACAGAAAAGGAGAACAACUACUUUCAAUUUUUGGAAGACACAAUAUUAAAUCUUACUGGCAUCAACUACUUCCUCUCACCUAUGCUGUCGUCUCUGGUGCCAUUGGUUCUCAUUCAGUUUUAUUUGCCAAAUCUUUGUCGAGUUUGCUCAGGUUAACCAUCAAUGGUGAUAGUCAGCUACAUGGGUGGUUUACAUAUAUUAUACUCUCAUUAUUCUUAAGUACAGCAGCAUUUUGGAUGGCUAGGCUGAAUGAUGGCUUAGCUGUAUUUGAUGCAAUUCUUAUUGUACCAAUGUUCCAAAUUGCUUGGACAUUCUUUUCUAUAUUUACUGGAUUUAUAUAUUUUCAGGAAUAUAAGGUGUUUGAUAUAUUGAGGACAUCAAUGUUUCUCAUUGGCAUAAGUUUAGUAUUUGCUGGAAUUUCCUUGUUAGCACCAGAUGAUUCUAAAGGUUCUGAAGCAAAACAGCCCUCGUCAUCAGCUCAAGAGUCUUCACCUUUGAUGGACACUAUAAAUAGGUCAUAUGAAUUACAAGCAGAACAAAGAGAAAUAAAAGAGGGAGGGUCUUUUGUGCAGACUCUGCUUACAGAUGCCACAAGUUUUGUAGAAAAGGCCAAGACUGCAUGUACAAUAUUUAUGGGCUUAGGGCAAGACCGAAUCAAUGCUUCAUCAGUUCUUGUCAUGCCUAUGGUACCUUCUCGUAUGACUAGAUUGAGAGUGAAUGCUAUCAAUCCAGUCAAACUUUAUCCUGUCAAAAAUUCCACCUGGAUUGAGAUUGUGACUAAGGAGGAAGAUGUGGACACACCCAAUGCCACCACCUUAUGUCAACUUAAUUGAAGCAAUUAAACCAUGGGUAUUGAUUCACAACAUACAUUCUUUUCUGUGCUGCUUGAGUACAUAUAUGAUUGUAAAUGUAUCAUUUCUCAGAGUAUAAAGGUUGUUUUGACAUUGGAGUAUAUAUAUUUAAUUGAAUUCUAAUUGCUGGCAUGCCACAUUAGAAUUGGUAUUUGUUGAAAUUAUUCUUAGCUUUGGAUCGGUUAAAGAAGCUGCCAUAUGUGUAGGAUCUCCAGAAACUCUUAAAAUGCUGUUAAUAUAAAAUCUGGCUUGAUCUGCAUAUCCAUGGAAAAAAAUUCUGUAAUAAAUUUUGCAAAAAAUUAAUGAAAAGUAUUAUUUUACAGUCCAA